ACCUGUAAAAAAGAUACAAGGCAUAUGGAGAUAGAGAAUGCCUGGCUCGCUAGCGAGUUACGUGUGGGUGUGUUGAGAUGUUUGAAUCGUCAUAAAAAUGCAUAAUGUGUUUUACAAUCAACAUAACAAACAGUUAUUUCGCUAGCCGUCUACGCUUAUGUUUCUCUUCCUGGGAGGACCUUCGUGCCAGUCACGGGAGCUGUCUCUCUCCGACAGUGGAACAGCCAUCGACUCACGGUAGCCACCUCCAAAAUCAACCUUGACCAGCAGAAACUGGACGGGAAGAUCCCGUGCUAAACAUGAAUAUAGCAGCGUUGUUGCUUGUGAGCAUACGUUUAUAAAUAGCCGAACGAAAUUAUUUCUCUUCCAAAUAGAAUUGGCUCACAACAGCUCUCAUCGCAAGCUGAAUUUCAGAACUGUAGCUGCUAUGUGACAACUGCUCUUUGUCUUUCUUGCUAGUAAUGCUAACAAGAAUCCUCUAAUGUUCGUAUAACAAUGUUACUAGCCAGUUAGCAGUAAAAACACAGUUGACUUGCAGGGUGAUCGCGAUCCCAGAUGUAAGAGAUCUACGCAGUGAUAUUAUUUCUUGCUAAAUUCGCUAACGCGGCGCCACUCGAUGCUAUGACUAGCGUUAAUCUACUCUUACCAUUGAUAAACAAAGUUAACCAAAGCCCUGCUGUCAGCUCAUAAUGGAAAUAAAAAUAGUUAAGUACUUUGGAACAAACAGAUGCAGUUGUCCAAUUAGCGCAAUAGUUCAAUAUUUAAUCUUGCGUAAAUUAAUGUAGCCAUAGCAUUUCAGUUAUUAACAUUAGUGAAAGGUAUUGUUGAGCAGAGGUAAUAAAAUAAUGUCACUAAAAUACUGACAUUUCUGCCUAUCUAACGUUAUCGUUUCUCCAACCAGCCGAACACGCAUUAAACCAUGUGGAAUUUGGAAAGGCAGUCCAUUCGCCCAUUAAAGCAAUAUGGUAGAAGAACGGUAACAAGCACACAGCUGUGGAUUUCCCUGAGUCUAGCUUGCUAGUAACCGGUUGGUCAUAUGGCUAUGUAGCAAAUCGGAUUUUAGCUUAGCAUUGAAUGCAAGCUAACAUCUUGCAACCAGCAACAAGAAGCAGCACAAGCGCUUUGCGGCUCGACCAAUGUGGAACUGCUGACGACUGUGGAAAUGCAACAUGGACAAUUUCACGAAAAUGCAUCCCGUGGCAACAUCUCCUUCCAUGGAGCCGGCUGUGUCUUACAGAAAUAUGCUGGAAGGGUAGAGCUUUCACUGCGGUGAAAAUACAACACGAAGCAACCGAGCCAUUGUGUAUUUUGUGUGCUAUGCACGCUCAUUUAGUGACCAAUGUUUUUAAUGGUCCUUAUAUUUUAGCCCUUUUAUAAACCAUAUUUGUCGGUGAACGUCUCCGCUUGGAUUGUUUCUGCCAGGACGACCAAUACGGCCUUUUGAUGGUUGUCCAUUGAUUCAGGCAAAGAUUACUUCUGAUACUCAAGACUUCAAGAUGACGGUGGAAGGGUCUACAAUAAAGAGUCGGAUUAAAAAUCUGCUACGGUCUCCAUCUAUUAAACUGAGGAGGAGCAAACCGGGGAACAACAAAGAGAAUCUUGCAAAUAAGGUGACUCUGGAGAAGGUGCUAGGGAUCACUGCUGCUGGGAACCGCGGUUUGGCCUGUGACCCUCGCUCGGGCCUGGUGGCCUAUCCAGCAGGGUGUGUUGUGGUGCUGCUGAACCCCAAGAAGAACAAACAACAUCACAUCCUGAACAGCUCCAGGAAAACAAUCACCACAUUGGCUUUCUCUCCUGAUGGCAAAUACCUGGUCACUGGAGAGAGCGGGCACAUGCCAGCCGUGCGGGUGUGGGAGGUGGCAGAGCGCACACAGGUGGCAGAGCUCCAGGAACACAAAUAUGGCGUGUCCUGCGUGGCCUUCUCCCCGAACAGCAAGUACAUCGUCAGCGUGGGCUACCAGCACGACAUGAUCGUCAACGUCUGGGCCUGGAAGAAAAACGUUGUGGUAGCAGCAAACAAGGUGUCCAGCAAGGUAACGGCUGUGUCCUUCUCUGAGGACAGCUCGUACUUUGUGACAGCCGGGAACAGACACGUCAAAUUCUGGUACCUGGACCACAACAAGUCCUCCAAGCUGAACGCCACCGUCCCCCUGCUGGGCCGCUCUGGCCUCCUGGGGGAGCUGCGGAACAACUUCUUCAGCGAUGUGGCCUGUGGGAAGGGCCGCAAAGCAGAGAGCACCUUCUGCAUCACCUCCUCUGGCCUGCUGUGUGAAUUCAACGAGAAACGGCUGCUGGACAAGUGGGUGGAGCUACGGACCAGCCUGGCCUCCUCUCUCUCUGUGACGGAGGAGCUGAUAUUUUGUGGGUGUGCGGAUGGCACGGUUCGGGCCUUCAGCCCCGUGAACCUCCACUUCAUCUGCACCCUGCCGCGACCUCACAGCCUGGGCACCGACGUCGCCAUGGUCACCGAGGCCAGCCACCUCUUCUCCUACAAGCUGGAUGCCCGCUUCCCUGACACGGUGGCAUUGACCUAUGACCCCACCAGCCGCUGGCUCUCCUGCGUGUACAAUGACCACAGUCUGUAUGUGUGGGACACGCGUGACCUGCGCAAAGUGGGCAAAGUGUACUCUGCCCUGUACCAUUCGUCCUGUGUGUGGAGCGUGGAGGUGUACCCAGAGGUGGCUGAUGGAGAGCAGGAUUGUUUGUCUCCCGGCUCCUUCCUUAGCUGCUCCUCAGACAACACCAUCCGGCUGUGGAACACUGACGGCCACAGCACCACCCUCAGCCGCAAUGUCAUCAGCAACGACCUCCUGAAAGUCAUCUAUAUGGACAACAACACGUCCGCUCUGCUGGACCCAGACUGCACCGCCACGAGCAGCACGGAGAAGGCCGACCCCCAGACCUCAGAGAACCGGAGUGGCAUCAGGACCGUGUGUGUGAGCCCCGACGGGCAGCACCUGGCAUCGGGGGACCGCACCGGCACUCUCAGGAUCCACGAGCUCCAGAGUAUGGAAGAGAUUCUGAAGGUGGAGGCCCAUGAUGCAGAAAUCCUAUGCCUGGAGUACUCCAAACCAGAGACAGGGCUGAAGCUGCUGGCCACAGCCAGUCGAGACCGCCUGAUUCACGUCCUGGAUGCCGAGCGGGAGUAUAGCCUGCUGCAGACUCUGGACGAACACUCCUCUUCCAUCACUGCGGUCCGCUUUGCUGCCAAUGAGGGGAAGGUGAGGAUGAUCAGCUGUGGUGCUGACAAGAGCAUCUACUUCCGCACUGCGCAGAAGACUAGUGAAGGGACUGAAUUCACCCGCACACACCACAUUGUGCGCAAGACCACCCUGUAUGACAUGGACGUGGACCCCACCCGCAAAUACGCUGCCAUCAGCUGCCAGGACCGCUGCAUUAGGAUCUUCAACAUCAGCAACGGCAAACAGAAGAAGCUGUACAAGGGGUCCCAGGGGGAGGACGGGACCCUCAUCAAGGUCCAGACUGAUCCAUCAGGGAUGUAUGUAGCAACCAGCUGUUCAGAUAAAAACCUCAGCAUCUUCGACUUCUACUCAGGAGAAUGUGUGGCUACUAUGUUCGGGCACUCUGAGGUUGUCACAGGGAUGAAGUUCACCAAUGACUGCAAGCAUCUCAUCUCUGUCUCAGGAGACAGCUGCAUCUUCAUCUGGCGCCUGAACCCCGAGCUCACCAUCCGCAUGAGGCAGCGCCUCUCUGAGCUCAGACAGAAGGGGAAGCCAGCACAGAGGACUCCAGCCCACAAACCCACCGCUCACAGUACCAGGCGAGAGGUUUAUAGCGCCCCGGCCCUGGUCACCUUGUCCUCCGACAGUGACAAGGAGGUGGAGGAAGAUGGCAUUGAAGAGGAGGAGGAGGAAGGCCCAGAUGAGAUCUCAGUUCCCAUCUCCUCCUGCAACAGCACUACGGAAGAGACAGAUGACGGCUCACACAGGAAACUGAAAAUGGACCCGAGUGGGGGCAGGCAGGCGGAGACACCCGUCCUGCCUGAGGCCACUGGCCGUCGCCCCCGUCGGCGCUGGUCCCGCCGAAUCGGCAGCAUGGAGCUGAAGGUGAAGUCCAUGCUGGACCUGCGGCAGCUGGAGUCCUUCGCAAUGCCCUCCUCCCCCAGCAAGGCCCCGCCCACUGCCCCCUUCCGAGAGGAGGAGCUGGGCAGCACCACCAGCCUGCAACCAAUGGGAGCACAGGUGAAGGAGUCGGAGGAGAGGAGCCUGCGUGUGCGCCCCCGUCCUCACUCCAUUUGGCUGACCCCCCAAACGCCCGAGACCAACGUGGAGGUGCUGUACCCCGAUGGGUGUGAGGACCGGGUCAGCCUGGCGGGCAGUGAGUACCAGGUGAAGGAGCUACCCCAUGGUCCGCUGGGAAGGUUUUACCAUGGAAGUGAAGGUCAUGAAAAACACAGCCCAGACAGCGCCUGCUCUGUGGACUAUUCCAGCAGCCGGCUGUCCAGUCCAGACCGGCCAAGAGAGGACUCAGAGGCCACGGAGCCACUCAGUGUGGAUGGGAACUCCUCCGAACUUGAGGGGGAGGAGCUGGAGGAGGAGCUGGAGGAAGAGGGGGUUGAGAGGGGUGUGGCCAAUGGGGUGGUGCCCCAAACGCCAGACCAGGAAGCCUUCCUGAAGCAGCACUUUGAGACUCUGGCCGACCUCAGCAGCUCAGGGAGUCCAACCAGAAUCCAGAGCACCGAGAGCAUCUCCGGCCGGUUCCUGUCCCAGAACCCCACCAGCAGGACCGCCCUCCCUUUCCCCACUAGGCUAAGCAGGGAGGGGAGUGCCGGCGAGGGGGGGGUGCUGCCCCUGGUGUCUGAAGUGAGGCCCCUCAUGGAGCAGAACCAAGCAAAGGGCUCCAAGGACAGGGCGGAGCCAGACCCCCCCGAGAAGAGGCCCCUCCUGCGCUCCACCCCCCAGAAGAAAAGGGCCCCCACCACAGACCCCCGCCGAGUGGUCAGUCCCACCUCUAAGGGCGUGGCUUCCUAUGUGGGCAUGUCCGGGCUGAGGAAGUCCCAGUCUGUGCAGAACCUGCCCAUUACAGCUGACGGGCCCCGGACUCCCUCCCGACCCUCCAGAGAGGUGCACCCCCAGCCCAGCGAGCGGGACCAGCGCGCCACUCCGCGCCGCACCCUGCCCGUCGCGCCCACGUCCCCCCUGCCCCGGGACCCCGGCCCCGCCCUGCCCACGUCCCCCCUGCCCCGGGAGCACGGCCCCUCCACCAUGCCCAAGGCCCUGAGGAACCGCUCCUACAUGAGCCCCACCACCAGCUCCAUGGCCAAGAUGUCGCGCUCCGUCUCCAUGGGCGACAGCCUGAACCUGGGCGAGCCCGGCGACGGGCGCCUCAGCCCCGGCAGCAGCAGCGAGUCCGGCUCCCGCGGGGGCUCCGGGUGCGACACGCCCACGCCCACGCCCCGGGGGGGCCCCGCGGACAGGAGCAGAGCGCUCGCCCCUCCCCCCGCCGCCGCCUGUACCGCGUCCUCUCCGGGCGCCGCCACCGCGCCCCGGGCGGCCGUCGCCCCCACCCUCGCCGUCAGCUCGCCCUGCGCCCCCACCCCCAAGGGCCUCCUGGCCAAGCUGGCCAACAGCCCCCGCCCGCACCUCACCCUGGACAUCCCCCGACCCCUCCCAGACAGGCCCUCCUGCGGAAAGUCUCCCAAGGGCCCCAGACACGACUCCUCCCCCAGGUCCCCGGCCGGCCCUUUCCCCGGGGGGUCGCCCCCGCCCCCGCCCCCGCGGUGCCCCGCCCCCGCCGUCGAUGUCCAGCCGCACGCCGCGCUCUCGGGCUCCCCUGAGGGCCCGGGAGCAGAAGGGGCGGCCCCCGCCCGAGCCGAGCGGCUGCAGCCUGCGGGGGAGGGAGAGGGAGGCGGGACCUCCCCGCCGGCCCGCCCCAGCCCCAGCCCCAGCCCCGCCCACCUGCUGCCCGGCCCCGGGCCCCAGGACGCAGACGCCUCUCUCAGGGUAGAAACCUGCCACCAGGUGGCCAGUGAGCUCCACAGCAGUGUGAAGAAAGCAGUUGAGCUCUACAGAACGGUGAGCGGUGCGGAGAGGGAGUCCAGCGAGGAGCAGCGGGAGAUGGCGCAGGUCCUGUCGGCGGCCUUCAGGGAGGUGCGGGCGGAGCUGGAUUCUCUGUCCCCCUCGGCGCCUGCAGGGGCAGCCAGGGGAGCCCUGUGUGGGCUGGGGGGCAAGGAAGGGGGGCUGGGGGAGGACAGGACCCUGGCCCUGCUGGAGCAGUACUCUGAGCUCCUGCUGAAGGCUGUGGAAAAAAGGCUGGACAACAAAUUCUGACCACCCCUCAACCACCAGGCCCAAAAAGACAAAACAAACAAACAAGCUUCAGACACCACAACGCCCCCCCCCCCCCCUUCCUCAGGCCCCUUCACCUACUGAAGCUGAAACGUAAGCAGGACGUGCUCACACCUUUCUUUUUUAAUUCAGAAUUUUUAUUUUUACUUUUCUCACCUUUCUGUUUUAAAAUGGUUGUUUGAUUUUAGAGCAGGUGUUGUUGGUGAGCAGGUGUACAUUUAACUCUGUUAAUCACGUGAGAGGCCUCUUUCCAGGCUGGACUUGGAUGGUGUUGAGUGCGUUCUCUGUGUGAGUCUGUGUGUGUAUGCGCGUGUGCAUACAUGUGUGCGUGUGCGUUCGUGUGUGCACGUGUGUGUGCGUGUGCGUUCGUGUGUGCAUGGGCACCUGUGAACUGAGCACACCUCCCCCCAUCCUGUACUGCUUGGCACUCACAGCCACUCCUUUCACCCAGUUGCCAAAUAUUAACCUCCCUUUUUAAAACCGCUUGAGAGAGUUUCCAAACUCCACAGGGACCCAUGGAACCUCUCAUCCCAGGUUUGCCUGGGGGGGGACUGUACUUCAGUGAAGGAAAUGGCUGGUUCUCAGCACAAGGGUGCAAGCAGGAGGAGGGGUUGGGGCUUUGGAGGAAGAGUAACACUGCUGUUGAAAAUGAUCACUUUUUAAUGUGAAUUAGCUGUGAUGCAUUUGCCAGCUCAAAGCGAAUGGUUAUAAAGGAACACUACAAGUGGCCAGACUUCAUGACAGAAGUGAAAUCCCCCUGCAAUAACCACGUGGGGACUACUUCUGUCCCUCGUGGUCUUACUCUGGACCCUGUUUUAUCUAAUAAGUGUUGUUCAUUGUGUUUUAAGUGCUCAUAUGAGUUCAUUUAGGAAGUGGGACUAGUAUUUAUUUUGUUGUGAACAGUGGGAGUGAGGAAAUUGUACAGUGCACGUAUUUUAUACUGGAUGCUAAUGCUGUCAUUCAGGUUUGUGCCAGAGGUUAUGUCAGUGUCACCGGACAUUUGGAAGGUCAGAGAAGCAGUCGCAAAGGAACGAACUUGGAAAAAAAUCUGAACGGGCCAAAAGCACUUUCAGGUACAUUUUGUAAGCACUCAGUACUUUUUUAUAUUCCAAAUUUGUAUUCAGUGCGGUGGCAGACGUGUUGUUUCAUAAUGAACUUGGUGCCUUAGUUGAAAAUUACCAGCAUUGGGCUUUUCUAUACAGUUAAGUUGCAAUCACCAAAAUUUUGUGUGCUGAUUAAAUUACGAAAACCACUACCUCAGGUUAAUUCUGAGGUCACCUUGAAAACGGAUUAACCUCUGCGUCGCUGUAUGAAAUAAGAGAUAUAACAAUCUAAUGUGAGCGAACUGCUGUAGAAAUGGCCUUCCUCUGGUGGCACUGGCAGACAACACGCCCCAGGGCGUGGCUGGUCAGGGGGAGGAGUCAGCAGAGCUGAUGGAAAUGUCAUGGGGAAUGGUCACCUCAAAGGCAUUGAGGAACAUCAAUCCCUGAACAACAAAAGCCUCACCUGAUAUCACCAGGAACUAUCAGGUGGGGUUUUUUCACCAAGAAAUAUUGGGUGUGAUUAUUUUACCUUUACACUACCCUCUGAUUGGUCUACAUGUUAAGCUCUACAAUAUUAUUGGCUCCUUGAGGCACUGUAUUGGACAAGGUGGUGCGGUGAAAUGCUGUUCUAUAAAUGACUGACCUAUCUUAACUGUGGACGGUUCUGUGGAGAAAAUGACGGCUAAGUUUCUCAAUGCCCUGCAGGUUGUGCUGUCUCCUCCCUUUGUCUCUGGCACAAUCUUCCUAUUUUGUAAUGACCAUGUAAAGCACUUUUAUUUGUAGAAACUGUAGUGAGUAGGUCAAACGUUGGCUUUGCCAUACCUCCAGGAAAGCUCUGACCAGAAGGGUCUUAGUAACACUCACGUCUCAGAAAACAUGCCAACCCAAACCACGCUGCCAUGGCAACAGUGGCAGCUUCCUGCCAGCUGGGCUCAGCAGUGCUGACCUCUCCUGUCCUUUGGCUACUGCCCAGCUACAGUCACCACCACUGGCCCCAUCCUCCCCAAAUAUAGUCCCUUUGGAUACAGUAGGUCUAAGGACACUAUCACUCUAAUGGACGCAGUUCAUUCACAUUAGCAUAUGGUCCCUUCGGAUAGGUCAAAGACACUCUGUCACUCUAAUGGAUACAGUUCAUAGACAUUAGUGGCUGUGGGAACAUAGAAUCAAGGAUCACUCUACUGGUCACUGAACCGAAGCCAGUAAAGUCUCAUCUCUUUCUGAUGACCAAGAUGCCUCUGUUAUUACACAUUACUCAUAAGGUCAGUGUGCAUGGACAUACACCUUCAUUUCCUUUUAGUGUACAAAGGUUCAAACGUGGAGGAUGUGACAUGACACAAAAUGACAUUGGCUCGUCAAAUGUUUUUCUCAUUUGAGAUGUUCCUGUAAUGCCCCAUCUGUCCACAAGAGGGUAGCAUGUCUAAGGUCAUUAGAAUUCAUUUCUAAAUAGUACAUAGGACACCUUUAAAAAGACAUGGGAUUGUAUUUCAUGCUCAAGUGAUACAAGUGUAUGGCUCUACCUUACUACUUAAAUGCAUGGGGAAGUUUGCAUGGAAGCCUAUGGGGGCACGGGGCCGGCAGCGGGGCCCCUAAAUGAACUUGCAUGGUUGUGCAUAUCAGAUGGACUCGUCGUAUGCAGGGUCUCGGCAUUGCCCAUGAAGCGACCCUUUCAGUUCUUAGCUUUCCCAUUGUGCUUAUGACACUGUCUUAAUGCUUCAUUUCAGAUGGACCAAAAGAAGCAAUCUUUCUAAGGCUGUCUGUGUGAAAACUUGAGUUUUAUUUUGCACUGACUUCCAGGUUCAGUUGUGUUUUUACCCUCGGUGUUUGUACUCUUUAUCCUUUGAAAUUCUUUUUUGAGAAUGAAACGAAAACAAAUAAAAAAGUUUAUUACA